GCCAGCAGACACUAUGAACAGCAGCGACUUUAUCAAAACAGAGGGAGGAUUUCUUUGUUUAUUUAUUGAUUUUAGACUUAUAGUCACCAAGUAAGCGCAUUAUUGCAACAGGAACGACAUGUUGUUGUUGUUUUUUUUUUUCUUUCUCAUAAGGCUUUAUUUGUAAGUUGUUGAUGUUUUCCUGACAACUUUAUUUUUUACUUUUCAAGAAUGGAAGGCGAGGGCCCCCAGACGCUGUGUGACCUCUGCUUGGCUCAGGUGUGCUGCAAAUUAGAUGCUUUGUGCAGGAAGCGAGCCGACGGUUCAAUGAGCCUCAUCUGGGCCCCACUGUUCCCACAGGAACUGGCUGACCAACUGCUGCAAAAGAUGGCAACUAAAGGAAUGCUGAAUGAUACAACUGUUGGGAUUUUCCGAAACAGCAAGAAGCUCCGCCUGCGCAGAGCCUCCAUUCGCUGCUGUAAGGUGUCCGCUGAAGCUUUCCGCCUGGCCCUCUGCUCUCACCGACUCCUGGAAUUAGACGCCUCCUGGGUCUCCGGGGGUCUAACGGGUGCUGAUGUCAUCUCAGGCCUGGCCUCUAACCCAGAGUGCAGGGCUAGUCUGCAGAAGUUGGCCCUUAAUGGCUUGAAUCUGGAUUGGGGGUCUCUGGAGGAGGCUGGUGGGGUGUGUGUUGGCUUUAAUUCCCUGCAGGGCCUUGGGACGAUCCACCUGGUGAACACAGAUCUAACUGAUGAUAUUCUUGAGGAUAUCUGUUCACUCCCACAGCUGGAGACUCUGGAUAUCUCCUGUAGCACCGUGUCCAAACUUAAUGCACUCCUACAAUGUAAAAACACCAUGAGAUCCCUAGUUGCCCACAGGCUGCAUCAGCUGGACAUGUCCCAUGUCAGGUUGCUCUUUAUCUUUACCCAACUUCACACACUCAGGCAUUUGGACUUUUCAGAUGACCACUUUGCUGGUGAUGACAGUGAAAGGAGAGACGGAGAUGAGACAGUGAGGCAGCUUCUGGAAGGGAGUCCUCAGGUUCUCCCUUCGCUUGUUUCUCUAGAUAUUUCAGGCAGGAAGACAAUCACUGAGUCUGCACUCAGAGCCUUUGUGGAGUCGAGGAGUGGACUGUUGUUCCUCGGCCUGCUUGCCACUGGACUUAGCGGCUGUCCCAUUCUUUCUUCACAGAUAAACCUAAAAGUAACUGGAGAAGCUAAUGAGAACCAGCUCUGGGAGGCACUCAGACGGUACAGAGAGAGGGAAUGUUUCAUACGAGAGGCCCUCGUCCAUCUCUACAAUCUAACUACUGACACUGACAAACCACAGCCAGACACGCUGAAGCUGGUGGUGGAGGCGAUGCAGAACCACCCUGGUUCCUCACAUGUCCACCUGGUGGCCACAGCAUGUGUGUUCAACCUGACCACUCAGGACCUGGCAGAGGCCAUGCCUAUUCGCCUGAUGAGCUCCACAGUCUCCCAGCUGUUGCACGCCAUGGAAACCUUCCCUAACCACCAGCAGGUGCAGAAGAACUGUCUGAUGGCACUGUGCAGUGGCAACAUCCUGCAGGAUGUUCCUUUUGACAAGUAUUUAGCGGCCAUGCUGGUGAUGAAAUGGCUGGGCAACCACGAGGAGCCGACCCUGCAGAGGAUGGCGGUGGCCGUCAUCUCCCUCCUGGUGGCAAAGCUGUCCACAGAGGAGACAGCACAGCUUAGCAAGGAUGUCUCAUUUAUGAAGCAGCUGUUGGCUGUCGUGCAGCAGAAAGCCAUGCUGGGAGUUAUAGACUCCACCUUGAAGUUUGCCCUGAGUGCUCUGUGGAACCUGACCGAUGAGACGCCCACGGCCGCCCGCAUCUUCAUCGAGUGUCAGGGCUUGGAGCUCUAUGAGGAGGUUCUGGAGUCCUACUACAAUGAACCUUCUAUUCAACAAAAAGUUCUAGGCCUUUUGGUGGGUAUGAAUGAGAACAAUAUAGCAGAGGUGGAGGAGCUCCAGUCUGACCUGAUGGAUGAGGACUUGUUGGAGCACAUCCUCAGUCUCCUGCAGGACCCCCAGUUGGAGGUGGGAGUCCGUUACUUUGCAGGGGGGAUCCUGGCACAGCUGGCCUCCAGGGCAAAGGUCUGGAUUCUGGAUGAUGAGCUCCGUAGCACCAUUCUGGAGAAGCUGCAUGAGUCAAUAAUAGCAUGGCCCCAUCUGGAGCAAGAGAUGGUCUCUUACAGGUCAUUCCGACCAUUUUCCCCUCUGCUUCAGACUUGCCAGCCCUCAGGAGUCCAGCUGUGGGCAGUGUGGGCUAUUCAUCUCGUCUGCAGUCAAAACACUUCACAUUACAGCAGUAUGCUGGAUAAGGAGGGCCUGACAGAGCUUCUGAAAGCUUUGGACGGACAUCCUGACACACACAGCGACAUUAAAAGGAUUUCCCAGCGCAUCGUGCUGAUGGUACAGGAACAUCAGAGUCACUCAGAGGGGAUGGACAACUAGAUGGAGCCUGGAAAGUCUUAACAAAAGUAGCUUAUAAUGGCUUUUUAUUUGAUCUUGUGUGUGUUAGCCUUGAUGUUACAAAAUGAACAAAUACAGUAGUUCAGGUUAGUGUGUAUACGUAAUGAUGACUAAUAGAGCAUCUUGCAAAAGUAUUCAUACCUGUUGAACUUGUAUUUUAUUGGGAUUUAAUGGGAAAAUUAUGGAAAAGCAGCAAAAUCAUACAUGUUUUUCAAAGAUUGUUAAAAAUAAGACUUUGAAAAUAGCAGUGUCCACAGGGUCCAGCUGUGUGUAUUUUAUUCCAAGUAUAAUCACAACUGUUCUAUGAAAGCCUUUAUGAAAGAGGGGCAAGAAGGACCUCGGUGUUAGAAGAAAGCCGUAAGUAGCCCCAGUUAUACAGUAAACGUGGAAGAAGAUGCUCUGGUCUGAUCGGGACAAAAUUCAACUUCCUGGUCUUAAUGCAAAAUGCUUAAUGUUAAGUAACAAUGCACAUCGCCGUCAAGACACUAUCCUCACAGUUAAGCAUGGUGGUAGCAGUGGCAUGCUGUGUUUUACUUUUCCUCCUCAGAGACAGAGAGGCUGGCCAGAGUUGAUGGAAAGAUGGUUGGAGUAAUGCAGGAUGAAAACCUAUUUGAAGCUGCAAAAAACUUGAGACUGGUGCAAAGGUUCACCUCCCAGCAGGACAGCAACCAAACGUACAGCUAGAGCUACAAUAAAACAGCUAGAUCAGAGCAUAUAUAAUUGUUAGAAGGGCCCAGUCAAAGUCCAGAAUCCAGAAAAAGUCCAAUUGAGGGUUGGUAGACAGACGUCAAAAUGAAUGUUCAAAAUCUCUUCUCAAUCUGACUGAAGAAAAAUGGGCAAAUAUUUCCAUUCCUAGAUGUGCAACGCAGAUAGAGAUGUACCCCAAAAGACUUGCAGUGGUAAUUACAGUGAAAGUUGGUUGUAAGGACUCCACAGGGCUUGAAACAAAUGUUUGCUGCACAUUUCCAAUUAUUAGUUUUAAUCAAAUUGAAAACGCUGUGUUCUUUUCCUUUUACUUCACAGCCAGAUGCAUUGGUUGCAAAGCUAUGGCAAUGAUAAGCCUACAUUUCCCUAUACUCAUGUUAGAUAUGCCAGGCAGACUAAAAGGCUCAGAAUAAAGUGAAGUUAAAAGCCA